AUGUCUUCUAAGCCACUGCGCGUAGGCAUCAUCGGUGCCGCAGGUUUCGGCGGCUCGUAUCUUAGCGUAGAGCUGUUAAAUCGCGGACACACUGUGAUCGGGAUAUCACGCAACCCUGAGAAGCUGGGGAAGCACGAGCGGUAUAUUCCAAGAUCCGUUGAUAUUGAUGAAGUUUCAAUUAGGGAGUUGGCGACCAAGUUCGGGGACCUGGAUGUCCUUGUGAGCGAAUUUGGACCGCACACGGCUGGUGCAGGCGCAUUGCUUUACAUGCCCUUCCUCGAAUCCGUGCGCAAAAUAAUUCUAGCCUACAAACGCUCCUCAGUCUCGUACUUCCUCUUCGUCGGCGGCGCAGGCUCCCUCCACGUCCCCGGCACUGCUGACGCAUGCGUCGACCACCCUGACUUCUUCGUCGCCUACCGCCGCGCAAUCUCUACCUCGCUCGCACACAUUGCAUACAUGGAAGAGCGCCUAGGUAUAAUGGGCACGACUCUCCGACGCUACCGCGACGCUCGCUUGGCCGCCUCUGCAGGCACCGCUACACAAGCCGAUCAAGACGUGAUAACCGAGUACGAAAAGCAGAUUCGUGUCAAAGACAAUGCGUCUGAUUUCAUUAAGGCGGGAAGGACGGCAUAUCUGUUUUUCGAUGGGAAUGAGAGUUUCAAGUGGAGUUUUGUUUCGCCGUCCGCGUUGUAUCGGCCGGGGAAGAGGACGGGCGAGUAUAGGAUUAGUGUUGAUGAUAUGGUGUUGGAGGGGGAGCAGAAAGAGGGAGAGGAUAUUUUCGAGGGAAGGUUGACUGGGAUUAGUGUGGCGGAUAUGGCGAUCGCCAUUGCAGAUGAGAUUGAGCAGAGGAAGUUGGUUUGGAAACACUGGAGUGCUACAGGUGAUAUCAGCGAGGAUGUGCCCGGGCCGGCGUACAUGAAGUUGAGUGCUAUUGAGGGUGGCAGUGCUUAG